GUCAUAAUGUCUCGAAAAUACUUUUCAAUUAAGGAAGUGAAUGACCAAUUAGAUGGCUGGACUGUAGCUGUGCAAGUUGUCGAAAGAAGUCAUACAUUGAUCAGUCGCAAGAACAAUGAUGGACUGCCAUUUAUCCGAUUCGUGCUCACCGAUGCGGAGGGGACAUUAGUUUCAGCAGUGGUGUUUGGGGAUAACAUCAGAUACUUUGACGAUUUACUGAUGCCAUUCAAAAGAUAUUAUGUAUCAAAUGCAGCAGUAAAAGUAGUCUUACCCAUGUACAAGAUUGGCAGCUAUCCCUACAGUUGGACUAUUAAAAGCAAAACACCUGUGGAAGAAAUUGCAGAACCUAUUCCACCAAUGCUUCCAUGUCCCAUCGAGCUAACAAACUUUAAGCAUCUUUUCAAAUAUGCUGAGACAGAGAUUGUGCAGAAUGUCAUGGGGGUUGUUGUGCAUGUAUUCCCACUUAAAGCUGGCAAAAACCAAACACGUGACAUUGUCAUUGUCAAUGAAGAAAAAAUAUGCAUGUUGUUAACGUUAUGGAGCGAUUACUGCCUACAUGAAGGAAGCCAACUUGCAAACACAAUGGCAAGUUGCAAUGUCAUUGUUGCCAUGAGAGUCAAAGUUACUACUUUUAACA